GAAGUUUGGACAACCGGGAGGCGCGUCGUUUAGAAACUGUUGUGACCGAGUUUCUCUGGAACAUGUCCGGGCAAAUACCCUCACCAUGAAGACGGAAAAUAUCUUUAAUUUACUUUUUAAAUUGAAAUCAAAUGUUUGUAAAAGGAUCUGAGAGAUAAGAGGUUAAUUUCUCUUCAGGUCGCGUUAAAGACACAAACAUGUUGAUUCUGACACGUUUGUUGUCCUUUGUGGGCUGCAGAGUCCCUCAGCACCCCUCCCUCUCUGUCAACUAUUUAUCCAUGUGUCCCUGCCUGAGAGCCCCAAAGAGACGCAGCCCGUACAGCUCAGUGGACAGUGAGCGAUACUCUUCUCUUGUAAAGUCCAUCAUGUCGACCCGGGUCAGCUCCCAGACCCCAGAGACCCUCCAAGCGGAGGACGAGCAUGUGUUCGGACCUGUUGUCAAAGCUCAGGCUCCGUCAUCGAGACCAGAGAGGAGGGCGCCCAGAACCCUCCACCCCUUCCUAAACUGCGGGGACGUCCUGGAAACAGAAGAGCCGGAGUCAGGACCUCCAACCCGGAUCCUGUUAAACAGGGGGCAAGGCAGGUCCUCGGUACCGAGUGUGACCCGCAUCCUAAAGGAGACCAUGUCCCCGGAGCAGAUCUUCUACCUGGAGAGGUGGAAGAGGAGGAUGAUCCUGGAGCUGGGAGAGGAAGGCUUCAGAGAGUACAACCAGAAUUUAUUCAGACAAGGGAAACAUUUCCACUCAGUGUUGGAGGAACUUCUAGAAUCAGGAGAAACGUGGAGGAACAAAGAUCCUUCAGAGACUCACAAGUAUCCCCCGGAGGUUCAGGGAUACAUGGAGAGCAUCUCUCACAUACUGGAGGACGUCAGCGCGGUGAGAGCCAUCGAGAGCACCGUGAAGCACGACACGCUGAACUACCUGGGAGUCGCUGACUGUGUUGCACGAUUCAGGGGUGUGCUCUGCGUCAUCGACUGGAAGACUUCAGAGAAGCCUAAACCGUUCCUUAGCAACACAUAUGACAACCCUGUACAGGUGGCGGCCUACGCAGGAGCUCUGAACAACGACGGCAACUACAAAUACCAGGUUGAAAACGGACUCAUCGUUGUCGCCUACAAAGACGGAUCCCCGGGCCACGCUCAUCAGCUGAACGCCGAGCUCAUGUUGGAGAAGUGGAACUCUUGGCUGCUUCGUCUUGAGAAGUUCACGGAGCAGAGGUCGGGUGAUGCAUCGAGCACUUUGCCAGAGAAGCGACAGGAAGUUUGAUCUGCCAUGAAGCUGAACUGAAACUAAACUCUUUAAAAUGCACUGAACAUUUGACUAGAACACAUCUCUGUAAUGUCACACUCCUCUUUAAAAGGGAUUUAAAACUCAUUGAACUCAAACCACGCCCCUCUGUAUGAGGGCGCCUCAGUGAAGCCCAGCUUUGUAAAGAGCCUGUGGGAGAGCGUGUUCUCCUCCUCGAUGAAGGUGUACACCGGGUACCCCUCAGCGUGGAGCCUCCUCGCCAUGCUGCAGAUCAGGACUUUGGCAUAACCUUUCCCUCUGUGCUCAGGCAGCGUGUACAGCAUGCCCAUGGCACAGUAAUCAUACACCAGGAUCCAGGACACGGGCUGACCUUCGUCAUCCAGCACGCAGCAGGAGGGGAAGUUUAGGAUCAUGUUUCUAAUCAUAACGAGAGCCUCGUCGCUAUUUGAAAACUUCCACGUCUGAUUCACCAAGCUGACGUGCAACUCGUCCAGAGAGCUGAGUGACAUCCCCGAGCUGAAGAAGAAGAACAGAGCAGAUUAAAGCCGGGCUCAGACUACAGGAGUUUAAAAACCGGAGCCGCCUUAAAUUUGUGGUCGCUUAGUUAAAAUACUAACAAACUGUGCAGAUGUUCUUAUUAAAUGAUUAAAUCUGAAUAAUGAUUUUUUUUUUUAAAGGAGUCACUCCAUGAGUAGACUCUACCUGUCAACAUCAGGAAGGUUGGAAACAUCCUCCAGAGUCAUCAUGAGACACAGCGACACCUGGUGGCUGGACACGCCUUUUUCUGAUGCGACUGCUUUGAACAUUUUGGUGUGACGAUGAUCGAAUCCUUGGACAGAAUCAUGAUUUGUUAUAAUUAUUGGAAAAGCUUUUAAAAACGGGUUUUACUUUUUUUUUUUCAUGUAUUGAAGCUAAAUUAAAGAUCACUGUGAUUCAG